UUCGAAUCGUGAUAAAUGAGCAAAUUAAGAUUGCCUAUAGAUUAUAAAAAUAUGCAAUUAGAACUCUUAGAGGCUCUUAAAGAAGAUGAAUUAUAUAAAUUACAAAAUGAUGCUAAAAUUAGAGCAGUGGAACAAAAUGUACCUACAUAUGAAGAUUUCAGACAAAUGGUAAAUGCUGCUCAUUUAAAACCUUUAAAACACUCCGAUAUUAAAUAUGAGGUAAAAAAAUUAUGGAAUCCUAUUAUUUGUACCAAUAAUUCAAAUAUGAUGCCGUUUAACAAUCCAGAAGAAGAUCAGUCUAAAGAUCGUCUAAAAUUAAAAGAGAAUGAAAAUAUUUUUAAAAAUGAAAUACCCAUUACAUAUGAUCAAUUUAUACAAUUUUGGAAAACGAUUAAAGAAUAUAAAGAAAAAUUUAAUUAUCUUAAAAUUUUAAGACAUAACUUACGAGAGAAAAUUUUUUACACAGAAAUUCCUCCAACAUUAUUUGUCGAACUAAUAGACAUAUGCUUACAAAAUGUUUCGGAUGUGAAUAAUAUCGAAUUCAUUAUUGAUAUUUUAUGCAUUUUGAGUAAAUGUAAUCGAUUUUACUUGACAAUGAAUUUUAUGAAAGAAAACGAAAAAGAAAUGUGUACACAACUUUUUCACAAUUUAUUUAAAAAUGGAGAAUAUCAAAAUGAAACAUUUAAGGAUACAAUAAAAAAAUUAGCGUUACAUUAUAAAGUUGUACUUGAAUAAUAAAUAUUAUAAUGAUUAAUCUAUUUACACACAAUCUAUAAAAUAAAAUAUUAUUUAUAGAAUAUAGAAAAAAUCA